ACUAUGGCGGACAUUCAAUGGCCAUGGCAGUACCAAUUUCCUCCAUUCUUUACGAUCCAGCCUAACAUAGAGACUCGAAAGAAACAGAUUGAAGCUUGGUGUUCUCUGGUCUUGUCCUACACACGGCAACAGAAAACCUACAGUAUUGAUGUCACAGAGUCUCAGAACUCUCCACUGUUUCAUAAUAAGGCCAUCAACCGAAAACUGUCUAUGGAUGGCAUUCAAACUGUUCUGGAGGAACUAAGGAAAACUGGACACUUGGAGUGGACUGAUAAUAAAACGAAAAAGCAGUGUCUCGUGAUGUGGAGGACACCAGAGGAAUGGGGAAAACUUAUUUACAGCUGGAUCUGUAGUCGCAGUAUGAACAACACAGUGUGUACUCUUUAUGAACUAACUGAAGGAGAGGACUCAGAAGGAACGGAGUUUCAUGGCUUGGAGAAUUGGCUGCUUAUACGUGCCCUGAAAUCAUUGGAAAGCAAAGAACUCGCUGAACUGAUGUCUUUUGAUGGGAAUGACGGUGUCAAGUUUUUCUGAGUUUUAUGGAAUUUGUGCCUGAAUAAUCACUGGAAUAUCAAUGUGUAUAUUACCAAAAACACAGUUUUACUCAAUCCUAGAAUAAUUGAUUCAAAACAUUAAGAUUUUCAGUGUUGACAUUUGCAAAUUGGUAAAAAGGUAAAAAGAAAAGAUUUUCAAAGAAGAAUGCAACAAAUAUUUUUCUGUUUAAUAGUUAUUUCCAUCAUUAAAAAAAGAUUCCCAAAGGACUUUAAUAUUCCAAGAAUGUAGCAUCAGAAAGCCGUUUGUCUCCGACACUGUGAUCAUGAAUUCAGAAUAAUUAUUAUAACGUUGUCGUGAUGCUCACAACAGAGACAUAUUAAUUUCUUAUUAUGUAACUUAUAACUAUGUCUAGUUUGUCCAUAAAUGAUCACAUUGUAGUUUAUGAACAGAUAAGGAAAAUAGCAACUUGCAAGUCUCUUAAUCAUAAGUACACUCAUCUUACCAUAGUAUACUUGUUCACAUCAUUUUUAUAAUGUUAAUAGCCACAUAUUUUAAUAGUAAGGAAUGUUGAGAGAUGGAUUUACUGACAAUAUUUCAUCCAGGGUGAGAACCUGUAUUCUAGUUUUACUGGUGUAUAUCAUGAGGUGAUAAUGUUGCGUAAGAGACAGUGUACAUGAAAUUAGAAUUAGUGGCAUGGAAAGAAUAAAUCAGAAACAGAGAUGAAAAGAAUCAUGAAUUUGUUUUCAUCUCCUUUGUGUAACUGUGUGUCAUUGUAUGGGUUUACUCCAGAGACAGCAAGUGCAUUCACCUCCUUUUUAUGUAAGAAUGUCCAAGAUAUGAUUCUAUACCAUAUACAGGUAAUAAGAGAAAUAAGUCUUUUAUAUUUCUCCUUAAAUUGAAUCCAAUGUUGGAAUUAUAAUCGUGAUUUGUUAGUUACCGUUCUGUGUCUAACUUAUUGUAUAUUAAUUAUUGGAAAUAUUUCGGAAGUCAAUGGCCUAGAAUUGUACAUAUAUGUUAUCAAAAUACAUAUAGAAUUAAUUAUGUCAUAAUUGAACUUACCGUGUUAUAUUAAAUAUUCAUGAUGUACCAUUAACAUUGUAUAUGGUUUGUUCUGUGAACUGUAAGUAAUGCAAUAAAACCUGAUUUUACUGACACCUGACUUUAAUGACAUCCUGUUAUAUACAUUAAAACCUGACUUUACUGACUGACACCUGACUGUAAUCACAUCCCAUAAUAUACAGUUAAACCCAACUGUUCUGACAUUUGACUUAUUUGAUGUACUGUAAUAUACAGUAAAACCUGACUUUACUGACACCUGGCUUUAAUGACAUCCUGUAAUAUACAGUAAAACCGGACUUACUGACACCUGACUUUAAUGACAUCCUGUAAUAUACAGUAAAACCUGACUUUCCUGACACCUGACUUUAAUGACAUCCUGUAAUAUACAGUAAAACCUGACUUUACUGACACCUGACUUUAAUGCCACCCAGUAAUAUACAUUAAAACCUGACUUUACUGACACCUGGCUUUAAGGAUAUCCUGUAAUAUACAUUAAAACCUGACUUUACUGACACCUGACUUUAAUGACAUCCUGUAAUAUACAUUAAAACCUGACUUUACUGACACCUGACUUUAAUGACAUCCUGUAAUAUACAUUAAAACCUGACCUUACUGACACCUGACUUCAAUGCCACCCAGUAAUAUACAGUAAAACCUGACUUUACUGACACCUGAUUUUAAUGACAUCCUGUAAUAUACAGUAAAACCUGACUUUAAUGCUACCCAUUAAUAUACAGUAAAACCUGACAUUAUUGACACCUGACUUCAAUGCCACCCAGUAAUAUACAUUAAAACCUGACUUUACUGACACCUGGCUUUAAGGAUAUCCUGUAAUAUACAUUAAAACCUGACUUUACUGACACCUGACUUUAAUGACAUCCUGUAAUAUACAUUAAAACCUGACUUUACUGACACCUGACUUUAAUGACAUCCUGUAAUAUACAUUAAAACCUGACUUUACUGACACCUGACUUUAAUGACAUCCUGUAAUAUACAUUGAAACCUGACUUUACUGACACCUGACUUUAAUGACAUCCUGUAAUAUACAUUAAAACCUGACUUUAAUGACAUCCUGUAAUAUACAUUAAAACCUGACUUUACUGACACCUGACUUCAAUGCCACCCAGUAAUAUACAGUAAAACCUGACUUUACUGACACCUGGCUUUAAUGACAUCCUGUAAUAUACAGUAAAACCUGACUUUACUGACACCUGGCUUUAAUGACAUCCUGUAAUAUACAGUAAAACCUGACAUUAUUGACAACUGACUUCAAUGCUACCCAGUAAUAUACAUUAAAACCUGACUUUACUGACGCCUGAUUUUAAUGACAUCCCGUAAUAUACAUUAAAACCUGACUUUACUGACACCUGACUUUAAUGACAUCCUGUAAUAUACAUUAAAACCUGACUUUACUGAC